AGAGUGCAGGCUAAUCUGAGUUCUCGGUUCAUAUAAAAAAUCAUAGUUCGUGUCUAUAAUCUUACUUCGUGUUUGGCACGAACGAUGGUGAAUGUUGGCCGUCAUAUGACGUGGCCGACAAUACACAGAUUCGUUAUUGACGGCGAUCCUGCCUCAGUGUUUAUUUUCUAACGAGAAGAUGAACCUCCUCUCGAAACUCUCGUCCAUGCUGGUGCGGUGUAGCGCCACCGGAGCGCAAGUACAGCACCUUCCCGCACGCACGCUGGCGAGCAACUGGAGAGCCGCGUCGCUUAUUGCCCAGACGUCUCCAACGUCCGUGGCUGCGGUGCAUCGCAUCCUCUGCUCCAGUGCGUUAUACUCUGCGCCAAAUCAAGGUUCUGACAACCGCGACCCACAUCGUGGCUCUGGCAACCAUGGCAACAACCAGAACCGUUCCUCUGGCAGCAGCGGCAACGACAACGACGACGAGCAAAACAAGCGCAACAAGAAGAUGCAGCUGAAGGCGGCGCUCUGGAUGGUCACGGCUUACAUAUUCGUCGUGUUACUGGGCAUGCUAUUCCCGAGCUCCGGCCCUCCAGAGCACGUGGUGAGGUACGUGUCGUGGCACGAGUUCGUGCAUCAGAUGCUGGCACGAGGCGAGGUGGAACGAAUCCUCGUGCGUCCUGACGUGCGUGACGUCAUCAUUCACCUUCAGGAGGGCGCCGUUAUCAAAGGGAAGAAGGUAGACCAACUGACGUACCAUCUGAACGUGGUAGACGUCGAUAAGUUCGAGGACAAGUUACGGGAGCUGGAGCGGUCGCUGGGCUUGUCCGGCAGUCACGGCGUGCCUGUCGAAUAUUCCAGGGCUUCAGACUCCGCCGGUUUCCUGAUCACAAAACUGCUGCUGGCGGCGCUGCUUGUGGCGCUCAUCUACUCUCUGCGCUCAAAUGUGUCGGUCCCGUUCAAGAUGGACAGCUUCCGCCAGAUGACUCGAGCCAAAUUCACGGCAAUCGACCCUCUUCUGCCGGGGUCUGGCCGAGGCGUUCGUUUCUCUGACGUUGCUGGGGCUAAGGAAGCCAAGCAAGAAAUCAUGGAGUUCGUGGACUUCUUAAAGAAUCCACUCAAGUACCGCCAGUUAGGAGCGAAGGUGAGAACGUUCGUAACCAGAAAAUUAGGGACCAUCACAACCGCAACAUCCCUCUAA